AUGAAUGAAGCCAACAGAGAAGACAAUAAUGUAGUACAAGCAGCUCCAGCUGCUCCUCAGAUGAAUUACCCCCAGAUGAAUGAACAAUGGAUUCGCCCUCCAGAUGCCCCUGCGUAUAAUGUCCCUCCUGCCUCUCACAUGUGGAAUGUCCCUCCUGCCUCUCAGAUGUGGAAUGUCCCUCCUGCACAACAGUUUCAUAACUUUCCUGUCACUCAGCAGUGGAAUGCGAUUGCUGCCGCGCAGAUUACACAGUCACCUGCGUUCCAUCAGACAUUUCUGAAGGGUAAACCAAAGGCCCUGGGGAUCGUCCUGAUUGUGGUGGGCAUCAUCCACAUUGGUCUAGGUGUUGGCACGUUUUUCACUGCAUCCUAUCUAAACAUAAUCAGUGGAAUACCAUUCUGGGGAGCAGUGUUUUACAUCAUUGCGGGAUCUCUGUCAGUUGCGGGUCAUUCUAGACCUUCCAUAUGUCUGGUUAAAGGAUCCCUUGCCUUGAACAUCAUAGCUACAGUUGUCAGUGCGCUUGGAGUAAUAUUUACCUGUGUGGAUUUCGCAAUUAAUUAUUGGUCUCUUUUGGACUGUAGACAUUAUUACUGUGAACCUUUAAUUCAUGGAGGAAAUAUUGUUCGUUCAUUUUUUAUCAUUACAUAUCUGCUGCUAUUCAGCAUUUCAAUAUCCAUCUCUGUAUUUGGGUGCAAGGCUCUGAAUCAUCCAUCAUCAAAUGCUCCUCAGAUGUUGGUGAUCCAGAACGGUGCUGCAUUUACAGUGCCUUCCUCUGCAUACCUAGUGCCCUCUCCAGCAAAUGUCCAAUCACCACCAGCACCAACUUAUUAUAUGGCUCAAGGUGCUGUCAAAAGUUGAACCAAGAGCAUAAGAGAAAGAAUGCACUUAUCUUCAACACUGUAAACAAGCUGUGUUCAAGCAUUGCAUAAGAA